AUGUUCGGCGCGUUUCGACCAUCAAGCGUCAGGCUCGGAGGCCUCUUAUGGAAAACUCCCUGGAAACUCUCCGUCACGCGUAAAGCUAACCAGCGGGCGCGGUUAAAGAAGGUCGACGCUGUCAUUGAAGCUGUGAGGGCUAGCGGUGUGAAGUGUGCAGCCUUGGAACGGGCCUUGGAACUUCCGAAGGAACACGAGAUGCCAGCAAAGGACAAGUAUACAGUCUUCAGCCCUUCAGUGAAGGGUUAUCGUAAAGGCAUUCACAAGGUCCCCAAGUUCACCCGACUCACGCUACGGACUAAUCCCAAGGGAUUCUAG